AUGCUUAAACCAAAACAAGUCACUUCAUUUUAUCAAACAGUUCUUGCUCAUUUCCAGAAAGGAGAAAUACCAUUUGAAAUAGGUGAUUCAAUUCUUAAGACUAUAUACAAAUGUUUGAAAGUAAAAGAAAAUAUACCUCCAUUUAUUGAAGGUCAAUUUGCAAAUAUCAUGGCAACAAAUAAUAAUAAGUUGAGUGCGCUAUAUUGGGCAGUUAUGAAAACGGCUUUAAUUACAUAUCUCCAUUAUCAGCCGGAAUUAGGUUUCUCCAUUCAAAAAUCACGUUCAGCAACCACCAAACUCUCAAAACUUCACCAAAAAAGGGGUAUGUUAUCAUUUCUCUGUAGAUUACCAAAAAUUAAUGUUGAAGGCAAAAACAGUGAAGGGAAAACUCCAAUGAUGGUCGUAAAGGAUUCAAAAGCGAUCGGAUUUUGGGAUAAGAAGAAAUCCAAAGAAGUUCUCAAAGACAGCGGAGCAAAGAGUUAA